CUCUUUCGAUGAACAAAUCCAUUUCUAUUUACUUCGCAAUAAAAUAUAACAAAACCCAACAAAAUAAAAGAAAAUUCAAAAAUAAUUAUCUACAAUUUUCUUGCUUAGUAAUCAGAGUCUAAUACUUCCAUUUCUCAUUUUCAUAACAUGAGUUCUGAAGUUUGCGCAAGAUUAUGCAGGUUUAAAGUAAGUGGGCUUUAGGGAGCCCGUAGUUUUUUGGAUCUGUUCUGGAUCUUAAGAAAGGGAAAAACACACAAGAGUUGACUUUUCAUUUUAGUGGCGAGGGGACCGAUGUUCUUAUCUUGUUUCCUAAUGUAACCAUGGCACUGGAGGAUGUUCUCUGAUGAGGAAAUAGUAAGGACUGGAAGUUUGUAUUUGGCCAUAUGUCUUUAGGAACUCUUUCUCUGACGAAAUUCAAUCUUGCCCAAGAAGUUCGAAAUGAAGAUUAUGCUGGAAAUAUUCUGCACGAAUUCUGGCCACUUGAUGAAGUAGAUCCUAAGAAGGCAACAUUCCCAUGUUGUUUAGUUUGGACACCUCUGCCAGUAGUCUCGUGGCUGGCCCCUUUCAUUGGACACGUUGGGAUAUGCAAGGAGGACGGUACCGUUUUAGAUUUCUCGGGUUCCAACCUCGUUAAUGUUGAUGAUUUUGCUUUUGGUCCCGUUGCAAGAUACGUCCAAUUGGAACGAGAGCAGUGUUGUUUUCCUCCGAACCUUGUUGGGCAUACAUGCAAGAAUCCCUAUGUUCAUGCUGAAUAUGGGACAGCAAUCACAUGGGACGAUGCUGUGCAGUCAAGCGCACGCCACUUUGAGAGCAAAACUUACAACCUCUUCACAUGCAACUGCCACUCGUUCGUCGCCAAUUGCCUGAAUCGGCUCUGCUACAAGGGGUCAAUGAGUUGGAACAUGGUCAAUGUUGCGGCUCUUAUACUGUUUAAGGGAAAGUGGGUUGGCGGCUUUGAUGUCGUACGAUCAUUUUUGCCUUUUGUUGUGGUGCUCUGCUUCGGUAUAUUUAUGGUUGGAUGGCCGUUUUUAAUCGGAUUAUUUUCAUUUUCAUUACUCCUUAUCGGAUGGUUUUUGCUGGGUACUUAUGUUUUCAAGAACUUGUUAGAUUGUUAGAUGCUUAUUUUCCGUCGUACCUCUUGAUUGCAUUAUGAGCUUAAACUGUGGUAUAAGUAAGCAUUCACCUUUAAAAGAUCUGACAAAGAGCUAUUCUAUACAGCA